AUGAGCACCAGCACACUGAUAGAAGUGUUUGGACACAUUUUGUACAGUUUUACUAGAGGUGUGACUGAACAUUACAAUCCAGAUAAACCUGAAUUUACCGCAGAUUUAUUUGGUUACAAUUCUCUGGAAAGUACAGGACGAGAAUGGUACUGUCAUCCUGUUGAUGAACUUAUUUACCAAGAAUACAGCGACAGAGAAGCCACAAGCUUAGAUUAUCUGGCUUCUUGUAGUUUUGAUGUUAAAGUAACUGACGCCUGCUCAACAGAAAAAAACGAAGAAACCCAGGAAGCUUUGAAACAAAGUAAAGACCAAACCAUGGCUUGGAAGCGACUGCGACCUUCUCUUCUGCAAACAGUUUUUCAAUCUAUAUACAUUGGAGCUCUGAUUUCACUUUUAAUGGCUAUCUUCGUAGGAACAAUUUUUACGAUGGAAUUGUAUUUAUUUUUGAAAACUGCACACAACUGUGAAUACAACACUGUGAACUCAACGUCAAUACAAAUACAGUGGAUAAGAUCAGUUUCGGAUAUAAUUGCUUGUAGUUUUAAUUAUUUUUGGUUUUUUAUUCUCGUGCUGUUUCUUUUUCGUCCCUUUCAGUUGAAGGGGAUCAGACGAAAACUUUUCCUGGUGUGCUUAAUUUCAUAUGCUUUGGACACAAUUUAUCGUGUUGCUCUCCAAGGUCUUGGUAUAUCUCAUUCCCAUAUUUCUUAUCCAUUAAGACUUCCGCUCAAGGCUUUUUUUUUCAGCAAUCAGUGUCUGCAAGUUUAUAUUUUAACAAAGUACCUCUGCCCAGGUUCACGAAAGAAAUUAGUUUUAUUUUUCAAAAUGAUAGUACCAAGUUCUUUGGGUCUCUUAUAGCUGCCAUCCUUGGGGUGUACUUACUUAUAUACCCAGCAUACAUGAAAGAAAAUUCAAAUGGGAAACUUUUAAUUGCAACCUUUUCUCCUCUCCUCGGAGUUGUGGUAAAAGUAGCCUCUCGUAUUUGUGUUCAAAAGUUGUAUAUCACUCAUCCGGGAUACUCGUACGUCUUAUUUUCACCGGUCUAUUGUGGGGCGGCUGUCCUUUUUCGAGUUUUGCAAGCGGAUCUUGGCAGUUUACAAGCCAUAGCAUUACUUGGAAUAAUUCACGGUGCUGCAGAAGUCAUUGAAAGAAGCACUAUGGUUUUAAUUGAUCACAUUUGUCAUAUGUUGUGGAAGAGAAGGUCCGCUCCUUGGGGAAGUUUUCGUACUCCUCGUCGUGAGAGACUAAUGGCUGAUAUCGCUAUCAUGAGCAUGUUGUAUGAAUCUGCUGCUAUAGUGUCGGUGAAUGGAUUCGUAUACUUAUAUCAGUUCAUUUAUGUAAGGGAAGAGAAAUUGAACAAUUUACUUCUGUUCAGAUUUGCAAUUAAUACGGCAGUUUCCCUUGCGAUUGAGUGGGUGUUUAACAGCGUGUCUCUAGCGAUUGAGAGUCGGUAUCAAAACAUGGCUGUCAUGGCUGUUUGGCGAAGACGAUGGAGGCGACACCUUCUAGUGGCGAUUGCAAAUGCGAUUCCAAUUGCUUUGUUUACAGGCGGUACUCUCUUAGAUAUUUUACAUGGUAGUAGCGAAAUUUUCAAUAGGCCAUGUAAAAUGCCAUUUACAUAGAACAUAAAGCAAAGCUGUUAAACAAUAAACAUGCAGGCAAUAUAACUUUUAACAUGUAACUUUAACUAACGAUCAAUUGCUGGUUUUCAGUGUCACGUCAUUCAAAAUAGAUCAAAAUCAAACUCAAAACCAUUCAAUAGAUAAAGUCCAGAAUCUGGGAAAUGAAAGGAGGUACAUACACAAAGACCCUCGCCAAGAUUCAGGUUAGAGGAAUAUUUCGUAUACGCGAGAUAUCCGAAGAAAUGUUUCACCCAAACUUAUAGAGAUUUGUAUGGAGACGCCAUGCUGGUGCUCACCUGGAUGAGCUCCAACUGGCGGACGGAAACCAACAGAAACAUCUGUUACCGAGUUUUGCCACAAAAGCGUGAAUUUAUUCUUCGAGAAACUCAUAAACAUUAAAGUAAUACUUUUUCUAAUACAUGAACUGUUUAGAUAGCAAAAUUUCCCGAAAUAAGUCAUUUUUUUAACCUACAUGAAAUGUAGCGUCACGCAAAAGCUUAGAAAUUCAACCGUAAUCUAUCACAAAUUCAAGAACCCUUUUGAAGCGAAAAUUUUUAUGAAAAUUAGUUUUCAGCUGCUCUAAUGCAUUGUGCAAGUAAAAUCUCGGUAGGAUCGAUAGUUUUUUAGUUUGAAUUUUAAUGACGUCAUGUGAAAACCAACAAUAGAUGGUUUCUGCUGACAUGAAUUUGGUGCAACGCAAAUGCACCAUUUAGUCGCACUUUAGUCUCCGAAGUAAACCAUUUCCGCGGUAACAGUUCUUUUCAUACAAGUGCCCUAACUGAGGUUUUCAGCGUAUAACAUGCAAAGCCUGUAUAUGUUAAAAAUAUUGCAGCGUUGAAUAUUUUUUUAACCUCAGCUCGACCCUUCUGAAGUGUAUGCCAGGGAAAGAUUACGUACGUUUUUGAGUUUUCUUGAGUUUUCAACCGAAUUUAUGGCAGCAAAUAAUUUUUAAUUAGACGUAAAAUGUUGCUUUUUUAUAUUGGCCAGGCGGUAACCUAGUAAGCUAAGGAGUGAAAACAUAGAAAGAAAAUCAAAAUAUUAUUUUGAAAAAGUAGUUUUCUUGAAGGUUUAGGUUUCUUGCUAAUCAACUUGUUUCAAUCUGAGAGAAGACUUACGUCAGCGUUAGUUUUUAUUAAGCAGCUGGCUUUCUGGCUGAUCAUGAUAAAAGUGGGUGUACAAUUACUUUCAAUCAAACAUGGAUCGGGUUUUGUUAAUUAUGACAGAAUGUAAUUAAAAAGCAUUAUGUUGACAGCUACAAGGCACAUGCUUGCCUCAAGCUACGGGUAUCCCGCCAUGUUUUAAACAAAGGGCUUCCGACCAAGGCGGCAUUCUAAUCCGCCACAAAUAUGUGAAGCACGCGUCUUUCAAAGUCGCCUAGUACUUAAAAUCGGGGCUCUGGCCUGUUAGAUGUGAAACUAUUGAAACCUCUAUCUUGAAAUCAACACAGUGUCGAGCUUUCGCGACUUUCGAGAAACGGGCUCCAGGACAUGAAAACCUAUCAAAGUGUUAGCGUUUGAUAAGAGUGGAUAAUUGGACCGAGUUCUUGGUAAGGAAGUAUCUUCCAUAUUUAGCAAAUUUAAUGGCUAACUAGAAACCGACAUAUUUUAGUUAUGUGCCAAUGUAGUUACCGUAACUUCCAGAAGUCUGUAGGUAUAAAGUCAGGCUCUCGCUCUACGGCGAAUGUCACCAAUACAAGUGGCCAAUAAAAUUACAACGCCACUGCAAACCGCUAAAAUAACCUUUUUGUUUGAAAUUCUUAUCGUUUGACGAUUCAGGUCUCGCUCCAGUUCCUGUUCAAGAGCUUUCGUACUAAAAACUGAUGUUUCGAAUAUUGAUAGCUGACAAGUGCGUUUUAGAUAUUGAAAUCAUACUGUUUCGCUAGAAUUACCUUUUUCUAUAUUAAUAAUUACUGUAAUUUGACGAUUUUUUUUUCGUAGACUUGCUGUCUCACUACAUGAGACAAAAUGAGCGCCAGCACACUGUUAGGGGUGCUCGGUCAAAUUCGAGGUGUAAUAGAGCAUUCCCGGGGAGGGGGUAAUCGACCAACAUUUUGGUAUAGCUGAGUUACGGAGAGUUUGAAACCCUGACCCUGUUUAGGACAAAACCCUCGAGUUUAACACCCUGUUUAGGAGAGAGGACGUGGACACAGUUUAGGAAAGACUUGCGCGAAAUUGCAUACCCUGGUAAGGGCAGACUCGCGCAAUUUUGGACAGAGAGGUCAAGAACCAUACCCUCUCCAGAGGCUUAUACCUCCCACGUAAAGUCCAUAUAAGGGAGUACCCCCCGGGCAGAGCAUUACCAUUACAAUCCAGACGAUGAACCUAUAGUCACUGCGCAAUCAUGAUUUGAGUACAAAGGCCGCUUUUCAUCCCGCCGCGACGUGUUGCUGAGACAAGUCGCUUUAUGUGUUGAAACAGUGGUGUUAAAUAACAAGGAACUUUAAAGGGCCUACAUCUAUCCAUGGCAAAAAUAUUUCGGUUUUGCCUUGCGCGCUUCAGAUUCGAAUUUAUUUAGUUCCAACUGUGUUAUUUUCUUCAUCUAUUCUACCCAGUGAAAUAAGGAAAAUGAGCACCAGCACACUAAUAGAAGUGUUUGGACACAUUUUGUACAGUUUUACUAGAGGUGUGACUGAACAUUACAAUCCAGAUGAACCUGAAUUUACCGCAGAAUUAUUUGGUUACAAUUCUCUGGAAAGCACAAAACGAGAAUGGUAUUGUCCUCCUGUUGAUGAACUUAUUUACCAAGAAUACAGCGACAGAGAAGCCACAAGCUUAGAUUAUCUGGCUUCUUGUAGUUUUGAUGUUAAAGUAACUGACGCCUGCUCAACAGAAGAAAACGAAGAAACCCAGGAAGCUUUGAAACAAAGUAAAGACCAAACCAUGGCUUGGAAGCGACUGCGACCUUCUCUUCUGCAAACAGUUUUUCAAUCUAUAUACAUUGGAGCUCUGAUUUCACUUUUAAUGGCUAUCUUCGUAGGAACAAUUUUUACGAUGGAGUUGUAUUUAUUUUUGAAAACUGCACACAACUGUGAAUACAACACUGUGAACUCAACCUCAGUACAAAUACAGUGGAUAAGAUCAGUUUCGGAUAUAAUUGCUUGUAGUUUUAAUUAUUUUUGGUUUUUCAUUCUCGUGCUGUUUCUUUUUCGUCCCUUUCAGUUGAAGGGGAUCAGACGAAAACUUUUCCUGGUGUGCUUAAUUUCAUAUGCUUUGGACGCAAUUUAUCGUGUUGCUCUCCAAGGCCUUGGUAUUUCUCAUUCCCAUAUUUCUUACCCAUUAAGAAUUCCGCUCAAGGCUUUUUUUUUCAGCAAUCAGUGUCUGCAAGUUUAUAUUUUAACAAAGUACCUCUGCCCAGGUUCACGAAAGAAAUUGGUUUUAUUUUUCAAAAUGAUAGUACCAAGUUCUUUGGGUCUCUUAGCUGCCAUCCUUGGGGUGUACUUACUUAUAUAUCCAGCAUACAUGAAAGAAAAUUCAAAUGGGAAACUUUUAAUUGCAACCUUUUCUCCUCUCCUUGGAGUUGUGGUAAAAGUAGCCUCUCGUAUUUGUGUUCAAAAGUUGUAUAUCACUCAUCCGGGAUACUCGUACGUCUUAUUAUCACCGGUCUAUUUUGGGGCGGCUGUCCUUUUUCGAGUUUUGCAAGCGGAUCUCGGCAGUUUACAAGCCAUAGCUUUACUUGGAAUAAUUCACGGUGCUGCAGAAGUCAUUGAACGAAGCACUAUGGUUUUAAUAGAUCACAUUUGUCAUAUGUUGUGGAAGAGAAGAUCCACUCCUUGGGGAAGUUUUCGUACUCCUCGUAGUGAGAGACUAAUGGCUGAUAUCGCUAUCAUGAGUAUGUUGUAUGAAUCUGCUGCUAUAGUGUCGCUGAAUGGAUUCGUAUACUUAUAUCAGUUCAUAUAUGUAAGGGAAGAGAAAUUGAACAAUUUACUUCCGUUAUUUGCAAUUAAUACGGCAGUUCCCCUUGCGAUUGAGUGGGUGUUUAACAGCGUGUCUCUAGCGAUUGAGAGUCGGUAUCAAAACAUGGCUGUCAUGGCUGUUUGGCGAAGACGAUGGAGGCGACACCUUCUAGUGGCGAUUGCAAAUGCGAUUCCAAUUGCUUUGUUUACAGGCGGUACUCUCUUAGAUAUUUUACAUGGU